UCCUUGUUUUUCUCUUUCGCGUGCUUCAUUUGUAUUUCAAACUCCAGAAAAACAGUACUAAAACAUUGGAUAGAGAAAUUCUUGGAUUUGACGAGAAUUGGAGACCUGUGUGCACGCAGCCUCCGCAGCCUAAGGGAAAGUACGACACCAUAUCAACGUACUCCACACGGGCCUCCUCCCGUCGUUCAACUGCUACCGUUGCAAAGAAUCGUGUUGUCGGCGGUUCUAAAACCAAAUCCUCCUCUGUCUCUAUUCCAAAAACUGUGCAACCGCCCACUAUGCAAUCUAAUCCAACCGGCCGUGGUGGGAAGACUCGAAAGAGGUUGUCACUUACUAGUGGGCGCUCUGACCCCACUAAGAAGUCUAAGGCUGCUGGCGGCGAUGAUGUUUCGGCUGCUGUUGACAACUACGAAUUCCCCGUUGACGAUAUUCUCAAAAAGACGGCUGAUUCUGCUGUUGCGGUUCACCCGUCUCCGCAGCCGUCCAUUGAGAUUUUGGACGUGGAAGGUGGUGGCGGCGAGAAUGAGGCUCCACUUCAGCACUGUGCCACGUCGGCCGCUGUGACAGGGGGUAAUUCUAGUAUGCCCCCUGUUAGUCGUAGUGAGAAUCGAUCUGGUGAUUCUCGGCUGAAUUAUCAUCUGCCGCUUCAUACCGGCGGUUGGAUUGAGGAUACACCCUUUAAGAUCCCGGAAGCAAUGAAGUCAUGGUUCGGGUCUUCUGGGGGCGAACCCACCGACCAGUUCUACCCACACAUUGAUCUGCUAUGUGGGGAGUCGGUGGCGACCGAUUCUGCUAAGGACGGUGGGGAUUUGGGCUACCGUGCUUUUCGGGAUCUGAUAACUCCUGCUGACAGGCCACAGGGUCAGAUUGACGCCCUUGCUGCUCAGCAUUUCAACGAUUUGUACAAGGCUGUUCAAUCCAGCAUGGAUUUGUAUAAUGUCUAUCGUUGGAACCAGAUGCAGCUGACGCAGAAUAGUAUUGAUAUUGCCGAGCUGAAGAAGCGGGCUGAGGCGGCUGAAUCUGCUUUGAAGGAUAACGAGAAGAAGUUGGAGACUGCUUCUUCAGAUUUGGAGGCGGCGAACAAAAGGCUGGAAGAUGUCGAGCCGAAGUUGAAGGCUGAAACUGAGAGAGCAAACGGUCUGACUCAGGAGCUGGCUGAUCUUAACCAGAGUUUGCCUGGGUGAAGAAGACUGCCGCCAAGAGGGUUGUUGAUAAGCUUCUCCAGUCCAACUGGUAUAAUGAUCUUCUUACUUUGCGCCAUAAUGGUGGUUGGUGCGCUGCUCAUCGGGUCGUUUGCCAUGUGAAGAAGCUGGAUGAGGAUGGGUGGCAAGAAUUUGAGGAUGGGUAUGAGGAGAAAGAGCUGUACAAGGUUGCUACCGGCUUUGAGCCUCAGGAGCUACCCGAGGCUGUGAUUUGCAAUGCCAAUCAAAGAACCUUGCCCCCAUUGCAAGUUCCAGAAGAUGCCUAUUGGUCUGGUGAUGAGCAUGCCGUUUGACGGUCUUGGCAGUCAUCACCCUCCUCUUCUUGCGGAUCCUCUACUUUUCCCAGCCGGCCUCAUACAUGUUAGGGUUUUUUAGUUUAGGCGGUUGGCUUUUGACUUUUUGCCAGAUGCUGUUAGGGCACUUAUUGUUGAUGUAACAUAUCUUAGAACAUCGUUUUAUUGUAGGGGUGUCGGUUUUUAAUCGACAUCUUUUGUGCCUUGUGAUCAGCUAAUCACUUCGCAAGAUUUUUUGGUGAUGGCUGUCGAUUUUUAGUGUUUUCUGCUGUAAUCGUGUAUUUAUAACAAGUAGUUUUUGAUUGCAUGUUUACUUCAUUUUGCGUAUGAUACUUCCAUUUUAUUAGCAUAAACUCUUGUUUGUUGUCGGCCUCACUAUAUUGCUAACUUGUUGAAUGAUACACUUCGAAAUGAAUGUUAUACUUCGAAAUGGAGUGCAUCUUAACAACGUUUAUUUUCUCUAAAACUAUUAAUUACAACAACUUAUUAUGGACUGCUACGCUUCACAGUAAAGUGCCCAUACGGCAUUUAUUUUCUUUACGGCUACUAAUUACAUCCAUAUAAUUCGUUGAAUGCUACGUUUCACAAUGGAGUGCCCCUUAACGGCAUUUAUUUUCUCCAAAGCUACUAAUCACAACAAUUUAUUAUGGACUGCUACGCUUCACAGUAAAGUGCCCAUACGGCAUUUAUUUUCUUUACUGCUACUGAUCACAUCCAUAUACUUCGUUGAAUGCUACGCUUCACAAUGGAGUGCCCCUUAACGGCAUUUAUUUUCUCCAAAGCUACUAAUCACAAUCAACUUAUUAUGGACUGCUACGCUUCACAGUAAAGUGCCCAUACGGCAUUUAUUUUCUUUACUGCUACUGAUCACAUCCAUACACUUCGUUGAAUGCUACGCUUCACAAUGGAGUGCCCCUUAACGGCAUUUAUUUUCUCCAAAGCUACUAAUCACAAUCAACUUAUUAUGGACUGCUACGGUUCACAGUAAAGUGCCCAUACGGCAUUUAUUUUCUUUACUGCUACUGAUCACAUCCAUACACUUCGUUGAAUGCUACGCUUCACAAUGGAGUGCCCCUUAACGGCAUUUAUUUUCUCCAAAGCUACUAAUCACAAUCAACUUAUUAUGGACUGCUACGCUUCACAGUAAAGUGCCCAUACGGCAUUUAUUUUCUUUACUGCUACUGAUCACAUCCAUACAUUACCUUUGUGUGUGGAUUUAUGCAACGUUUGUUUUUUGCUCUUUUCUUCCUUCAUUUAUGGACUGGUCGUAUUUGGGGACAGCCCUAAUUAUACAUAACAGCAAAAUGCAGGCUGCAAUUGCAAUCAGUCUGCUCAUGCAUCAUCAUUACAGUUUUUUCAAACAUAGUACUUUCUCAGAGUACUGGCGUUCCAGGAGUUCUUGAGUGCGGUACCAUCCAUCUGCAUUAACCGGUAUGAUCCAGGAACAAUUUCCUCCCAUAUCUGGUAUGGUCCUUCCCAAUUAGCUGUCAGCUUUCCUUGAGCAUUUCCUUUUCCUGUUGCCGCCGUUCUUCGCAGUACCAGGUCUCCUACUCCUAGAGGCCGUUGUUUCACUUUCUUGUUGUAUGCUAUGCUCAUUCUGCUUUUGUAUGCUGCCGAACUGAUUUCUGCUUUCAUGCGGAUUUCUGGCAUGAAGUCCAACUGAUGUCGCAGCAGCUGAUCGUUUCUUUCCUCAUCGUAAUGCUGGAUUCGCAUGGUUGGCAGAGCCAUUUCUGCCGGUAUGACCGCCUCAGACCCGAAGCUUAACUUAAACGGACUUUCGCCGGUAGCCUCCUUGAUAGAAGUUCUGUUGCACCACAAAAUUUCUGGCAUAAGAUCUGCCCAUUUGCCUUUACAGUCUUCUAACUUCUUCUUCAGUGCAGCCAGGAUUUGCUUAUUCGCCGCCUCUGCUUGCCCAUUGCUCUGUGGGUGACAUACUGACGAGUGAGCUAACUUUACUCUGUAUAAUCCCAGGAAGCAUUGUAUGGGUGCACAAUCAAACUGUGAUCCAUGAUAAAAAACUAUUGCCUGCGGCAGUCCGAAUCUUGUUAUUAUAUUUUUCCAUAUGAACUUUUUCACCUGGUUUGCCGUUAUUUUUGCUACCGGCUCUGCUUCUAUCCAUUUGGUGAAGUAGUCCACUGCUACUAUUAAGAACUUGCGCCCUCCAGCCGCCAUUGGGAAUGGUCCAACAAUAUCCAUUCCCCAUUGUGCGAAUGGGAUUGGGUUCAGAAUGGGCAUCAAAUCAUUGGCUGGCAGGUUUAUCACAGCUGAUAACUUUUGACAUUUCUCGCACUUUUUUACAUAUGCUCGACAAUCUUCUAACAUUGUUGGCCAGUAAUAGCCUUGCCUUUGACAGAUGAUGGCAAGGGGUUUUCCACCGGCAUGGUUCCCACAUGUCCCUUCGUGCAUCUUUUCGAUCAGCCUUGCUGACUCGAAUGCUGUCAGGAACCUUAAGAAUGACAGGCUAAAUGACUUUUUGUACAACCGUUCCCACAGGAUGAUGUACCAAACCGCGUCCCUUUUUGUCUUUUUGGCUUCUGCCAAACCUGCUGGUAGGGCUCCAGUCUGUAUGUAUGUUUGGAUAUUAUCGUACCAUUCUGAGGUAGUUGUGAUGGCCAUGACUCGUAUUUCCUCCGACUCCGUACUUCGCUUAUUCAUGACUUCCAUCAUGACUGUUCUUUUCAAGUCGGCGAUAUUUGAACUUGCUAACUUUGAUAGUGCAUCUGCCAGCGUAUUUUCUGCUCGGGGUACCAGAUUAAUACUGAAUUUCUCUAGCUGAGCCGACACUGACCUCAACUUUUCCAGGUAUUUGACCAUUGAAGGUUCUUUGGCCUCGUACUCUCCGCUAAAUUGACUUGCUACCAGCUGGGAGUCUGUUGUGAGUGUUACUCUUUUGGCAUCUGCUGCGAGGCACAUUUGGAUGCCGGCGAUUGCUGCCUCGUAUUCUGCCUCGUUAUUUGACGCGUUGAACAUAAAAUUUAUAGCAUACUAAAAAAUGUCUCCUCCUGGCGAUUUCAUGAUUAUUCCAGCCCCACUGCCUGUCUGUGCAGCUGAACCAUCCACUGACACAUCCCAUACUUCAACUUGUACUUCAUCCUCUUGGUAUGACGCUUCAACUAUGAAGUCCGCCAAUGUCUGGGCUUUGAUUGCAGUUCUUGGCCGGAAUUCCAAGUCAAACUCGGACAACUCUAUUGCCCAUUUUAGCAGUCGGCCUGAUGUAUCUAGCUUGCCGAUGGCUUUUUCGAGAGGAAAGUUUGUUAGCACUUCGAUUGUAUGCGCAUCAAAGUAUGGUCUUAACUUUCUAUCCGCGAUAAGGACUGCAUAUGCUAUUUUCUCCACCAACGUGUAUCUUGUUUCUGGGCCGUUUAGCACAUGGCUCACAAAAUAUACUGGCUGCUGCCCUUUGUUUUCUGUUUCGGCUACCAGUACUGCUGCAACUGUUUUUGGCGACGCCGAUAUGUACAAUUGUAAUUUUCCGCCCUCUUUUGCCCUUGCUAUUGUUGGCAGGUUCUUUAGGUGACUUUUUAGAGCUUCAAAAGCCUCUUGCUCUGCCGGCCCCCAUUUGAAUUUCUUAUUUUGCCUCAAGGUUGUGAAGAAGGGCAUUUGCUUAUCUGCCGACUUGCUCACAAAUCUGUUUAAGGCGGCCAUUUUUCCUGUCAACCGCUGUAUGUCUUUUACGCUUUUGGGUUGCGGCAGACUGAUGAUUGCUUCUACUUUUUCAGGGUUAGCGUCUAUGCCACGCUCGCUGACCAAGAACCCCAGGAAUUUUCCCGACCUUACUCCUAAGACGCAUUUUUUUGGGUUUAAUUUCAUCCUGUAUUUUCUCAAAGUCUCAAAAGUUUCUCGGAGAUCGUUAACAUGAUCCUCCUCUUUCCGGCUUUUUACGAUAGAGUCAUCUACAUAGACCUCCACGUUUCUGCCUUUUUGGUCGGCAAACACCUUGUCGACCAGCCUUUGAUACGUUGCCCCUACAUUUUUUAACCCGAAUGACAUCGCCUUAUAACAGAAAACUCCUGCAUCCGUGAUAAAAGCCGCCUUCUUCCUGUCUGAUUUAUGCAGGCUGACCUGAUGAUACCCUGAGAAAGCAUCUAGGAAACUGAGCAUUGCAUGGCCGCUAGUAGAGUCUACCAGCCUAUCAAUCCGUGGAAGUGGAUAGAAAUCUUUUGGACAUGCUCUGUUAAGGUUGGUGAAAUCUACACACAUUCUCCAUGACCCACUCGGCUUUUUCACCAUUACUACAUUUGCCAACCAUUCAGGGUAGUCAGAUGGCUCAAUAAAACCUGCCGCCAGCAGUCUAUCCACCUCUUCUUGUAUUGCUGCCAUUUUUUCUGUGGAGAAAUUACGUUUUUUCUGCCGUACAGGCCUAACAUUUCUGUCGGCGUUUAACCGGUAGACCAUUAUCUCUGGAUCAAUACCGGGCAUCUCAUCCGCUGAGAAUGCAAAGAUGUCCGCGUGUUCCCUCAGCAAGCUUAUGAGGUUGACCUUUAUGUCACUCCCCAUUUCUGUACCGAUCACGACCGUUUUAUCCAUGUUUCCAACCUCCAGCUCAAUAUUUUCUGUCAAACCAUCUGGCAUUAGUCUUGGUGCUGAUACCGGUCUCUCAUCGAAGUGUUCCAUGUCCAGGUCAGUUCGACCUCUUUUCGUGCAGUUCUUCUUUUUUGGCAGUUGUUCUGGUCUUGCCGGCUUAGUAGUCCAGUUUACUUCUUGCCUUGCCGGCUCAGUAGUCAGGUUUACUUCUGGGACCAUUCUUCCCGGUGUUCUCAAAGCAGUCAAGUAACAGGAUCUUGCCGCCAACUGACUUCCCCUUAUCUUUGCCGGCCUUUCCAGGUUCGACAUAUAUAUCAUUGUCAAGUGAUAGGUGGAGACUACCGCCUGCACGUCAUGUAUGAAUGGGCGACCGAUGAUCACAUUGUAGGCCGCUGGUACUUUGAUGAUUAGGAAAUCCACCAUGAGAUCUCGCAUUUCAGAUCCUUCUCCGAUUUUCACCGGCAGCCGUAUGUUACCCUCUGGGUACACUGUAGAUCCUGAGAAACCGAUUACUAGGUAGUUCACCCUUUGAAGUUCGCCUUCUGGUAUGUGCAAUUGUUUGAAGGCUUCCCAGAAGAUGAUGUUUGCUGAGCUGCCUCCGUCUACCAGUACUCUGUUCACGUCGGCAUUUGCUAUAUCGAUUGUGAGAACUAGCGGGUCAUCAUGCGGGAAAAUGAUGCCUCUGCAAUCCGAUUCCGAGAACGUCAUCAUGAAGGAAAUAAUGCCCUUGGUCCAAGUAUGCAUUCUAUGUUAAGUCUAAUAAAUGCGGUUCAGUAUUAAUUAACAAGUUAAUAAUUCAGUGAGAUCAAGUGAGCUGAAUGCCUAGCUAGAGGCCGCUUCAGUUCAAGUGGAAUUAAUGAUAUUAAUCCACAGCUUACUCUUGACUGAACCCGUAGGGUCACACAAAUAGCACGUAAACGGAUCAAGUAUUUAAUGGCAUUAAAUACUCCAUCUAUGAAUAUUCGGAACCGACGGAUCUUGGUUUCAGUGGGAGCUAAGAUCGUCACAGGCAAGAAAUGAAUACUCCGGAAACGAUGAUAUUGCCGGAAACAGAAAUAUGGAUCGUAUCGGAAAUAUGAAUAUUAUCCAAGUCGUAGAUGUUGCCGGAAACGGAAACAUGGUACGUAUCGGAAAAUAUUAUUGGAAAUGGAAAUA